AACUCAGCAACUCUUCCCCCAUGGUAUCUAUUAUAGCUUGACUUGGAUGCCUCUGCAGCAAUGCUCCUGAAAGUGGAACUACAAGUCUCAGCAUCCUACCAUAGGCUCCGAGAAAUAUGAGAACCACAUGUUGUCAGUGCAUGAUAUAGAUCUGAGGAAAUCCAUUCUCCAGCCCGCAUCGCUCCCCGGGAGCACCUGGGCAACCAGGCGGAGUUUAAAGGGCUGCGAGAAAAACAAACCUGCUCAUCGGGGGAAUUGUGAGCGAGAACAAGGAGAGGGGAGACAAUGACACUACUGGAGGCACCGAUGGAUCUGUCAGCCACCAGGGAAGCUGAGAGGUGAGAGGCAUGGGCUCAGCACUUGGAGCUGUCCAUUCAGCACCAGCGUUCAGCACCCUCCAACAGGUCCUGACACUACAGCACAACUUGAGCAGACUAGACUCAUUGUCUUAAGAGUAAAAAUCACCUUCGAAAGGUCCAGGCUUAAACAGAUGCAAGAUUAAAGAACAAGCAGCAAAGUCUUCCAGGGACAACCGCAGCUUCCUAAAGGAGUCUAUGGAAUGAGAGGCAUGGACAGAGCUUCUGCAAAUUCUUUGUUGCAACCCAUGCGCUUGGUUGUAAAGUUAUUAAAAGGUCUGUGCCUGUAGAGGCUUGAACGCUCAAUAUGACGGGCACACAAUUGAGGGAUUUGUCUGAAAGUGAUUUUGAAGAGACAGAGAUUAGUAUAAAUGUCGGAGGUUACAAGAAAAGGUUAAGAUACGACACUCUGCUCAGAUUCCCCGAGACAAGAUUGUGCAAGUUGCUGGCCUGUCAGUCAAAGGAAUCCAUCCUGGAACUAUGUGAUGACUACGAUGACACCAAGAAUGAGUUUUACUUUGAUCGGAAUCCAGAGCUGUUUCCUUAUGUCUUACAUUUUUACAACACUGGAAAGCUGCAUGUUAUGGGGGAACUCUGCGUGUUCUCCUUCUGCCAAGAGAUUGAAUACUGGGGAAUUAAUGAAUUCUUCAUAGACUCCUGUUGUAGUUACAGCUAUCAUGGACGAAAGGUGGAACCAGAGCAGGAUCAGUGGGAUGAUAAAAGUGAGCAGGAGAGCACCACGUCUUCUUUCGAUGAGAUCCUGGCAUUUUAUCAUGAUGCUUCCAAGUUUGACAGACAACCCUGUGGGAGCUUUAGGAGAAGACUCUGGCUUACUCUUGAUAAUCCAGGAUACUCCAUCCUGAGCAGGAUUUUCAGCAUCCUCUCCAUUCUUGUGGUCAUUGGAUCUAUUGUCACUAUGUGCCUCAACAGUUUGCCGGACUUCCAGAUUGUCAAUGCCAAUGGCAGCUCUGAGGAGGACCCCCGCUUUGAGAUUGUGGAACACUUUGGAAUAGCUUGGUUCACACUUGAACUAGUGGUGCGUUUUGCCGUAUCUCCAGAUUUGACUUUGUUCUUCAAGCAUCCAUUGAACAUCAUAGAUUUUAUUUCCAUCGCCCCAUUUUAUAUCACCUUAAUAGUCAACUUAGUGGUAGAGAGCUCUCCGGCCCUAGCAAACUUAGGCAGAGUGGCCCAGGUACUGAGACUCAUGAGAAUAUUCCGUAUUCUGAAACUUGCCAGACACUCAACAGGUCUGAGGUCCCUCGGUGCUACCCUAAAAUACAGUUACAGGGAGGUGGGACUGUUAUUGCUCUAUCUUUCUGUAGGGAUAUCCAUAUUCUCUGUUGUGGCUUACACUAUAGAAAAAGAGGAGAACGAUGGGUUGGCCACCAUCCCUUCCUGCUGGUGGUGGGCAACUGUUAGCAUGACCACAGUCGGCUAUGGGGACGUGGUCCCAGGCUCCAUAGCUGGAAAGCUGACUGCUUCUGCCUGCAUCUUGGCCGGAAUAUUGGUCGUUGUGCUUCCCAUUACUCUCAUCUUUAACAAAUUUUCCCAUUUCUACCGACGACAGAAGCAGUUGGAGAAUGCUAUGAGGAGCUGUGAUUUUGGGGAUGGGGUGAAAGAUAUUGCAUCAGUUAAUCUGCGGGACUACUAUGCCCAGAGAGUCAAAUCCCUUAUGGCCAGCAUCACAAAUUUAAGUAAGAACACCCCAAGCGAGCAGAGUCUGAAUGAGUCCAUAAACUAGACCAGCUCUACUACAACUAUAUGGCUGUAUGCUAGUUACACGUUCAUUCACACCAUCCACCUGUUGUCAGUGCAACAUCACUAAAAAUAACAUGAAUACUACAUUUCCAUGCGUGGGAGCUGUUCUCCUAUCAGGAUCCUAUCACUGUACAUCAUACAUCAUGCCAGCCUAGUGUAAGUGACUGGCACAGCUCUUCUGCCUGGCUUCCACAAUGUCGUAUGUAACAGAUUGUGUUCUACACUGAUGCAAUUGUCCGGCCUGUGUGAUCACUGUUAACCAGAGUAUGAGCAAUAUUAUAUGUAUCCAGGUGUCCCUGUAGCAAUGUCGGCAACUGACCCUGAAUGUGUGUAUAAAGUGACACGUGUCCUGUGCGUCCUGUGUAAGGGAAUGCGCUGUACUGUCCACCAGGAGCUUUGGCUUUAUCGUUACCAUCCAGUACUGUAUUUGUUGGGCAGGAUCCUUAGCUCGCUGUGACUUGCAGAUCUGCGUAAGAACUAUGUUCAUUGCUCGAGCAAAUGUACCAUUCAUACAACCAGUUCUCAACAAAAUGUGUCAAAUAAAAUGUUUUUUAAUGGUUGUUUGGUAUC